UGUCUUUUUUCCCCAGUUAUGUUUGUGCAUGUAUGUGUACCAUUCAUGUUAUUGUUUCUUAGUUUGGGAGUUGUGUUCGGUGUAUCACUGUUCGGUGUGUAAUGAGUUAAUUGUGUAUGGUUGGGAGUGGGAGUGUGACAGGCAGGGAGUUGUUAUACAGGGAUCCAGCAGUGAACACCUGCCAUGGCUUAGGAAACCCUCGGAGGUUCGAGUAGAGCUUACGUGACUACAGGACUUUGUUUGCUUUGGGUUUUUUUUUUUUUUUGGACUCGGACAGUUAUCUUUCGUCGGAGUGUCACGAAAGCAGCAGGGAAACAGAUUCUCUGGCGUUUUGUUGCAUUUCAGCGUUCACGGUCUGGGAGAUAAGAGAUCGACGCAGUAACUCCGAGUUAUCUCCUUGCUCUUACACACGCACACACACGCUCACAGUACAUGGAUUCACAUGAAAAGAAGUGAAAGACAUUGAAGCGCUUUCUUUUUUUUUCAAGGUGAACUUCUAUUGGGCGGAUUAAAGCCUCUUUGCUUUUUUCUCUUCAUCCCCCCCAAAGACUGAGGAAUAUCCCAUCGAGACUUGGAGGAAUGUGGUGAUAAAAUCUCACCUGCGCCAAAAAAAGAGAAAAGUCAGCUUCGCCUUUCUUUGCACAGCAGAAAAGCUUGGAGACAAAAAGCAGUGCCAGAAUCAGCAUGUGAUAACACCUGAGUGUACGACCUGUGCUGACAAUUGAGUGAGAAGAAGCCAGAUCUGAUCAAGCAGAGUCUGAUCUUCAGCCAGUGAAACACUCAAGAAAAGAGAAAAGGUUUCUAUCGGACUUCAAGUCACAAGGGCAUUAUGGGAACCAGAGUCAUCCUGUUGCUGCUGGUAGUGUGUGUUUGCAGGGUAUCCUGCAUCCUGCGUUCGGCUCCCAGAGUGGCUUUGGCCUUUAAAGAGUUAAUGGACACUCGGACAGCAAGACCGUUCAGCUUAUCCUUCAACACCAGCGAUUACCGGAUUCUACACAUGGACCAGGAUCAGGGCCGUCUUUACCUGGGCAGCCGCGAGUAUCUUGUCUCCCUGGAUAUGCAGAAUGUCAACAAGGAGCCUCUCAUUAUACACUGGCCUGCUCCAACACAAAGAAAGGGGGAGUGUCAGAUGACAGGGAAAGGAAAACAUGGGGAGUGUGCCAACUUUGUGCGCAUGAUUGAGCCAUGGAACAGGACUCAUCUGUAUACUUGUGGGACUGGAGCUUACAGACCCAUCUGUACCUUCAUCAAUAGAGGCUGGAAAGCUGAGGACUACCUUUUUAGGCUGGUCCCUGGAUAUUUGGAUUCAGGGAAGGGUAAAUGUUCAUAUGACCCAAAUCAUGAAGAUGCAGCUGUUCUCAUCAAUGGCAACCUGUAUGCUGGUGUCCAUGUGGACUUCAUGGCCACUGAUCCAGCCAUCUUUAGGACGAUGGGGAACAGGACAGCUAUUAGAACAGAGCAAUAUGACUCUAAGUGGCUCAAUGAACCAGUGUUCAUUCAAAUAAAGCAAAUUCCUGACAGCUCAGAGAAGAAUGAUGACAAGCUCUACUUUUUCUUCCGGGAGAAGAGUGUGGAUUCUGGAGGAACUGCAAGCCCUAGUGUGUUGGCCAGAGUGGGAAGAGUGUGUCUGAAUGAUGAAGGAGGCCAGAAGUCUUUAGUUAACAAGUGGACAACGUUUCUAAAAGCCAGGCUGGUGUGCUCUGUGAUGGGUGAGGACGGUGUGGAGACCUUCUUUGAUGAGCUGAGAGACGUUUUUAUUCAGCCCACACAGGAUGAGCGAAACCCUAUGGUGUAUGCGGUUUUCUCCACUGCAGGGUCUGUUUUUAAGGGCUCAGCUGUGUGUGUGUACUCCAUGACUGACAUACGUAAUGUAUUCAAUGGGCCUUUUGCCCACAAACAUGGGCACAACUACCAAUGGACAAUGUACACAGGAAAAAUCCCCUAUCCUCGACCUGGAACUUGUCCUGGAGGUACGUUUACACCGAGUUUGAGUUCCACUAAGGCGUUCUCAGACGAGGCUGUGAACUUCAUACGGGCGCACCCGCUUAUGUAUCACCCUGUUUAUCCUAUACACAAGCGCCCCCUGGUGGUGAGAUCAGGUGUAGACUACAGGUUUAUCACCAUCGCUGUAGACCAGGUGGAUGCUGUAGAUGGGAGAUACGAGGUGUUUUUUCUUGGCACAGAUCGUGGAACAGUACAGAAGGUUAUAGUUCUGCCCAAAGAUCCAACCACCUUGGAAGAGCUGACAUUAGAAGAAGUGGAAGUUUUCCGGAUUCCAGUUCCUGUUAAAACAAUGAGGAUAUCUGCUAAAAGGCAACAGCUGUACGUAACAUCAGACGCAGGUCUUACCCAGGUGUCAUUGCAUCGCUGUGGCGUGUAUGGUAAGGCUUGCUCAGACUGCUGCCUGGCCCGUGACCCCUACUGUGCAUGGGAUGGAGAGAGCUGCACCCCCUUCACACAGGCUACUAAAAGGAGGAGCAGAAGACAGGAUGUAAAGCAUGGUGACCCUCUACGUCAAUGCAGAGGAUUUAAUGCUAAGGUGGAGAAGAGACUGAAGGAGACGGUGCAGUUUGGGGUGGAGGGAAGCAGCACAUUUUUGGAGUGUGUACCACGAUCGCCUCAGGCUACUGUCAAAUGGCUCUACCAAAAAGACGGAAGAAGGAAAGUGAUGAAUAGGGAUGGAGAAGUUCUGAACACACCUCAAGGUGUCCUGUUGAAAUCCCUCACCCACUCAGACGCUGGUUUAUACCACUGCCUGGCCACUGAGAACAACUUCAAGCACACUCUAGCGCGUGUCUCCCUGCGCAUUCUGGACCGCGACAUUGCAGUGGCUCUCACUGUACCCGAUGAGGAGGAUAAAGAAGAUGGGAUGAUGAUCAGACCUCACAAGCCUGAAGCCCGUCCUCCAGGUGGCAGUGUGCAACCCUUAGAGCCUGAGGUGCGCGUGAUCCACCAGUACUGCCAGUCCUAUUGGGAACAGUUCGUUGACCAAGGGCAGCAGCAAAACAAACGUCCAAACCGCAGACACACAGAGGGCCAAGAGCCCAGCGGAGGCUGAGACUGCCCUGUUUAUUUUCUCUAUUCACUAAUUUAAUCUGUUCUCUUUUCCUGUUUAUGUACUUCCUUGAGGAGGAGGUGAAGAGACACAUACAUAAAUGAACUAUUCCAUAUAAGACUCUACUCAAAUGUCAUUUUUUUGUUGUGCUUGUCUUGUUAUUGUAAUUUGCAUACUUUUUUGUUGAGUUUUUAUAUUCCUUGAUGGGUCAUACUGCACGUCCUCAGCUGUCCUUAGCUGAACUUGUACAUUGAUUUUAGACCACAUUUUUACAAAUGCUUUGACCAUCAUUAUGAUAUUUGCACGUGAUAUUUUAUGACCCAACUGACUCUCAAAAUCUCCACAAUCUUUUGCUUUUUUAAAGUAAAAUCAUAUUUGACUUUUUAAAAAAAAACUCACUAUAAGCUUACCAAUUUAAUUUAAGUUAAAGCACCUUAGAGUAUGAUGCGACUGCGGAUCAUGACUAGACAGCACAAUUUUCCUGUGUGUGUGUGUGUGUGUGUGUGUCUGUGUGUGUGUGUGUGGUGUGUGUACAGUAUGUAAUCGUGCAGUCUUUGGGCCAGUGCAAUUUCCCAUUUGCUGCCAGAACAAUGGUCCAGUGCAGAUAACAGUAAAUCACUAGAUAAAGUUGUAUAUGUAUACUGGUUAUCGUUCCUGUUGGGGAAUUUGCACCAUUGGUUUUCAGGAACACUACAGUGUCUUUAUGGGUGUCACUCUAGCUGACUGAUAAUGUGUAUUUAUUUUUAGGUUGUAUAUUUUAUUGCCUAGUAGAGAAUUUAUAAAGUAUAUAAGGUGGAGGACAUUUUGCAUGACAGACAAGAUAUAUAAUUAUAUUUAUAUAAUUAUAUAAAUAUAAUUAUAUAAAUAUAAUUAUAUAAUUAUAUUUAUUUAAAUGUAAUUAUAAUAACACUAUGUUUUUUGUAUAUAGGUUUCAUCACCAUAGGACUGUGUAAUAACUCAUGAACUCACAUUCCAAAUGAUUAACACUGGACUUGUGGUAACUAAAGCUGCACAUGAUUUUGUUAGUUUUAAAUAGAUUGGUAUCACACUGUGUUGUUUGAAUGUUCUUUUUUUGUUUUGCGAAAAUAAAAUGAGCAUUUCCUGUG